AAGGCCAGUGGCUGCUGAAUAAUAAACACCGUGAACCCGCCCAUUUAAUGUUUAUUGAUCGGCUCCGGCAGGCCUGUCUGACAGCGGUCAGAUCAGUCGGGAUAUGGCGUCGCUGCACACGGGAUGAAUCCUCAGCUCUCCGUGGGAAUCCGCGAGUGGCGCACCGGGACGGCUCUCCGCUUGUGUCGCUGUUAAGAACCGAGGAUCAUACAUGGCGAUGGAGGACGAGGACAACAACGCAGCGGUCGUUGCGACUAACAUCCAGGCGGGCAUCAAGAAGGGAGGCGAUGUCGGAGAUAACGGGGCUUGCAUAGACAGGCAGCCGGACACGGUGGUCCACCAGGCGGGGCUGAAUCGGACUGCGGGUCGCGGCAGCCGCAGUGGUCCCGGAGCUCACGCUGCGACGGGGAUCCGAGUGCUAAAGCAGCGCAACAUGAAGCGGAAUGGAAGUCGAAGCUGCGUGACAAGAAAGACCAGAUUCGGAUCACGAGAGCGGGACUGGCUGAAGGGGGACACCCAGCGGGGCUGUGUGUGUCUGUACGGGGGAACAGUGGACCCUCAACCGCCUGCCUCCGGACCACAGGCCUCCUCCACCCCUCAGACCGACCUGCAGCUGGUGCUCUGCUCCACCAACACCACAGUGGAGGAGCUGUGUGCUCAGAGGGACGGACAGGGACUCUACGUUCAGCUGCACGGAGACCUCGUCAGGAGGCUGGACUCCUCUGAGCGUCCUCUCCAGAUGGUGUACGACUACCUGGCAUCUAUGGGCUACGCAGACCCUGUGCGAGUGCAGCAGGAAGCCGCCAACUCAGACCUCAGCUGUUUGAUCCGUUUCUACAGUGAGCGUCCGGUGAACGCAGACCAGCAGGAGCGGACCUUGUUGAAAGGUGUGUUCAGCGUCAGGAAGGGCAAGACGCAGCUGCACAAGUGGGCGGAGCGGCAGGUCAUCCUCUGCGGGACGUGUUUAAUCGUGGCCUCCGUCAAAGACAGCCUGACUGGGAAGCUGCACAUCCUGCCGCUGGUGGGGGGGAAGGUGGAGGAGGUGAAGCGAAGGCAGCACUGUCUGAUGUUCAGUUCUGCCGGAUCGCAGGCCCAGACGUACUUUGUCAACUUUGACACACUCGCGGACUACCAGCGGUGGCAUCGGCAGGCAUCGAAAGUGGUGUCUCAGACGGUCAGUCUGGUGGAUUUGUCCUGCUACAGUCUGGAAACGGUGCCUGAAUAUCUGUUUUACAGUCAGGAUAUCACCCACCUCAACUUGCGACACAACUUCAUGAGCCUGCAGGGACCUGGAGGUCUGCUCAACCUCCCCAGGUUUUCCCAGCUGAAGAGCCUGAACUUAUCUCACAACCGUCUGGGUGUGUUUCCUGAAUGUGUUUGCGAGAUCCUCACAUUAACUGAGCUCAACCUCUCCUGUAACAGUCUCCACACCAUCCCUGUGCAGAUAGGAAACCUUCAAAGCCUGCAGACGCUGUCUUUGGAUGGAAACCACCUCAGCUCCCUGCCCGAAGAGCUGGGUGGCCUGUUUCAGCUCAACAGCCUGGGGCUCUCCUUCAACAGCUUCUCUCACAUCCCUGCUGUGCUGGAGAGACUGAGUGCGGUGGACAAGCUGGCGAUGGCUGGGAACAGAGUGGAGAGUCUGGAGUUGUGCACUCUAGUCAGAAUGAGCCACCUGAAAAUCAUUGAUCUCCGGCUGAACAGGCUGCGGUGGGUGAAAAGUGAGAAUCUGGAGGCAGUGAACCAGGUGACCCAGCUGGACUUGCGGGACAAUUGCUUGGACUCACUGGACCUGAGCUCCGUCUGCAACCUGGAGAAUCUCCACUGCCAACGCAACCAGCUGGGGACACUCACACUCAGCGGCUUCACACUGCGCAUGCUUCAUGCCAGCAGCAACCGCCUCACAACAGUCAACAUCUAUCCAGUCCCUAACCAGCUGACAUACAUGGACCUAUCACAGAACCUCUUGGAGUAUCUCCCUGACUGGGUGUGUGACUGCAGGAAAAUUGAGAUGCUGGACGUCACACACAACCUCCUGUCUGAGCUUCCCUCCAGACUGCUCAACAGCUUGAGUUUGAGGAAGCUGCUGACGGGGAACAAUCGUUUGCAGAGAGUGCCUGACCUACUUGACCACGUCCCUCUGGAAGCUCUAGACCUUCAGCACAACAAGCUAGCUGAGCUUCCUGAGAGUCUCUUUUACAAGGCCUUAAACCUAAAAUACCUAAAUGUAUCAGCCAAUGCCCUGGAAAGCAUUCCUCCAAGCAGCCAAUCAGAGGAGAGCCUCAGCACACUCCAGGAGCUCUACCUGACAGGGAACAACCUGAACGAGAACUGUGGUGCUGUGUUGGUUGGCCACCAGAACCUGCGGAUUCUUCACAUCGCCUACAACCAACUGCUCUCGUUCCCUGCCAGUAAGUUGAGUAAACUGGAACUGCUGGAGGAGCUAAAUUUGAGCGGCAACAAGCUAAAGACGAUACCCUCCACCGUGUCCAGCUGUAAGAGACUGCACACCCUCAUAGCACACUCAAAUCACAUCACUGUCUUCCCAGAGAUCCUCAACCUGCCUGAGAUCAAGCUUGUAGAUCUAAGUUGCAACGAACUGACAGAAAUCCAGCUGCCUGAUUCUUUGCCUCCCACUCUGCAAGAGCUGGACCUGACGGGAAACAGCAGCCUGAUGCUGGAACAUAAAACCCUCAAUCUCUUCAGUCACAUCACCACCCUGAAAUUAGACCAGAAAUCCACCACGACAGCAGCAGACUCACUGAGUGCCUCCACUCCAUGGAACCACGGUUACUCUGAAAUGAGCGGCCAAAGGAACAAGUUGUGUGUGUCUGUGCUGGCUGUGGACCGCUUCGGAGACAGCGUGGAAGCGUGCUACGGCAUCUUCGAUGGAGACCGCAAUGAGGAAGUGCCUCGUCUGUUGCAGUGCACCAUGGGAGAUGUGCUGUGUGAGGAACUGCAGCACUCCAGCGUUGACAGUGUGUAUAUGUGCAACACUUUCCUCACCUCACACAGGAAACUGGGUAUGGCUGGACAGAAACUGGGUGCCUCUGCCUUGCUGUGUUAUAUCCACCGUGAGACAUCAGAUCCAGGAGGCAACUUUUGCCUAACUGUGGCCAACGUGGGCACCUGCCAAGCUGUGCUGUGCCGGAAUGGACGACCUGUUCCUCUCUCUAAGGUUUACAGCUUGGAGAAUUGCACUGAGGAGAUGGAGAGGGUUAAACUCAGCAAAGCCAUUAUUACAGAGGAUAACAAAGUGAGCGGAGUGACAUGCUGCUCUCGCCUGCUGGGCUGCUCUUAUCUGUCUCCCUGGGUGCUCCCGAAGCCCUGGGUGCACACUGAGCCGCUCUGUUCCCAGGAUGAGUUCUUGAUCCUGGGUAAUCGAGCCCUGUUUGAACGCGUGUCCUACCAGGAGGCUGUGUGCACUGUGCAGGCCGUACAGGAUCCUCGCGCUGCUGCCAAGAAGCUGUGCUCCCUCGCCCAGAGUUACGGUUGCAAAGACAACAUCGGAGCUGUGGUGGUGUCCCUGCACAUUGGUGAGGACAGCUGCACUUGCGAUCCGCUGGUCUCCACUACUGAAUCGCGGGGUCCACCUUCUGCCACUGUACCUGUGACUGUGACUCCAGGCCCCAGCGACCCAGUCAACCUCUCAUCCAGCAGCGGCAUCGUCACUGAGUUCAGCAGCGAGACAUCAGCAUCGGAGAUGGGCAGCGAGGCGGGGUCCACUGCCUCAGAUGAACACCCAUCUUCUGGCCCUGUGUCCCGCCCAGAGAGACGCUGUAGCCUGCAUCCUGCUACCACGCUGUGUGGGAUCAUGGUGCCAGGCUCAGUUGGAGCUGGAACUCACCCAAACCUCUUCCAGCGGCAGCCCUCCUGUGCCACAUUCUCAAGUAACCAGUCCGACAACGGCUUGGACAGUGAUGACGAGGCUCCGCUUGAGGGUGUUAUCUCCAACGGCAGCAAGUUAGAAGUGGAGGUAGACAUUCACUGUUGUGCUUUCCAACUACGGUCAGGGGCCCCUGACAGCCCCAAAGACUUGGACUUUGAAAAGCGAGGCUCUGACUAUCCCAAUGGCAAAAUGCGUAGACAGAACAGCGUAGUGGUUUCUGCCACAAAUGGCUGCCUGUUAGCCGUUUGUGGGAGAGAGAUUGCUGACCUGAAGAAGUCUCCUUCCACAUCCAGCCUGUUUGGGAAGAAGCUGUCCAAUGGCUCUGUGGUGGCUCCGGAGGACAGUCAUAAUCUUAUUGAAGUUGCCCUUGAGGCCCCAAAGAAAAAGUCUGGCUACUUCACUGCCCCAGCACAGCAGGACCCAGAGGACCAGCUGAUUGUGCCUCCUAGUCUUGAGCAAGAAGUCAGGGAGCAGCUCAGAGGCCAGAGCCCUCUAGUCUCAGGCCCCUCCGCACCAUCCACACCCACCUCCUUAAAAGAUCCUGUGUGGGACCAUCCACACCCCCCUGCUUUCCCCUCCAGCCUGGUCCCAGGUCCAGGACCAGCCCCAAUGCUACAGCAGGAAGUCUACGAUACUGCCCUCUAGAGGAGGGACACAACACAGUGCCAUGUGGCUGCACUUCUGUGAUUGUGCCAUUCUGGAGAAGAAGAUUUUUCUCAUACAUGUGGGAUAUUCCAAUUAAAGUUGCCAUUCACAUCUUUUGUGAGGAUGAGACAAGCCAGUGAUAGUCACUAAGUGAUGCUGUGCCAUUAAUGUGAGGUGAAAAGUGCACCUGAGAGAGUAGAGUUGAACAAAGAUUCCAGGUCAUAACAUGGCGUUGUAAAGAGACAAAGACAAGCCUGACCUGAAAUGGGAUACCUCGCGUGUUUGAACAUGUCAGCAGCAUUUCCCUUUACUUGGAAAGUCAAGCAAUGUGGAUGGUGUGUAAGAGAUCGUGUCAAAUCACCUCUCCAGGGGCUCCGUGGUCUCUCAGGUCUGGAGAAAAGCCCUAUGAACAGAACUUGAAAAAGUGCCUACUAUAGACAACACAGCCAAGAGCUCCCCGUGUCCAGACUGUGUUCUGGAGAUGUACGCUGGUUAGUUAAAUUUACAGGAGGGACAGUGUCUCCAAGAGACCAACACUGGCACAGCUUCUGCUCUCCUCCUCUACCUGUGGCUUACAAAGGAAACCAGACAGUAUAAACACUUAUCAGACACACAGGACUUAAAGAUGUGAAGAUGAAAUGACUGCAUUUACAUUGCUAGAAAUGUUGUGAUUGAGUUUAAUUUUUUUAACAUUCCUGCACAACGUGUAUAGAAUCUAAGAUAAAUCAAUUCUGCACAGAAUAGUGCACACAGACAACUAGCAGCCAGCUGAUGUGGUGUGCUUGAGCUGCUGAAAGCAAGAUUAAUAUUUAGAGCAAUGCAAUAUCAAAGUCAUUCGACUGUACAGAGCUGAUGUGUUGCAGAAUUUCAAAUCCUUAUAACAGCAUAAUUUGUGGCAGUGCACGAUCAAAGGAUCUCAAAAACUACAAUCAUAGGAAAACAAAAUAUUAAUUUGAAUUUAGUUGCUUUUAUGGUCACUGGAUAGUCGACCGAGGAGCCCAGGAUGUUUGGAUAUGAUAUAAUUUUCAUUUGAUCAAACCAUGUAGGACACAAAUCUGAAGCAUUACAUGACAGAAACAACCCCACUGGGAUUAAUAUUGUAAAGUUUAGUAUAUUCAAACUUUGGAGGCUGCUGCGCUUUUAAAUUUGUGAACAUUUUCCUGCAGGCAGAUCUGGUGAUUUACAUUUUUGCAUCACGACAAAUUGUGUAGAAUCAAAUCUGUGUAUCUGAGAUGUCACAAAGUUAAUUCAGUGUCACAAACAGAGAUUGGGACAUAGAAACAAAUUAAGUCUUGCUGCUUUUUGAUGUAGCACUUGUUCUCACUUGCAUAUUUUUGCAUAAGUGCUACUUUCUGAUUAUGGGGCAAUGCUGCUUUAGAACUCAGCCCACACACUUAAUAUAAAGAAUAUAAUAAGUGCAGGGGCUGUAUAAAGUAGUGCAUUAAGAACACACUGUUCACUCCCUUACUGUAAGUGCUUCAGCAGUUGGUUCAUCAGUUUGUGUUUUGUAAUAUAUAUAGGAUUAGUCAUAUUUGUCUCAGCAAAUCUGCAUUAUUAUUUGAAUUAUCAGGUGAAUAUUAUGCAGCCCUCGAAACCUUAGUUUGUCCUAAAUCUCCAAACCUUGUGCCAAAAGAGAAAGCCGCUCUGUGGGGGCAUUGUGGUUAUAAGAAGGCCAAAGUUGGGUAAUUACACUCGCCAGUGAUUACUACAUUAGAAGUAUAUUUUUGGUUACCACUCCAAGUUGGUGCAGUUUUGCAGUUCCACAGCUGUUGCAUAGCUGGACCUUUCAGUGUUCCCUUUUAGCCUUAAAGCAACACGACUCAGUAUUUUUGACAUGUGGAACCCCGUUUUUCUUCCCAUCCAUGCUGUGUUUGUGACCGACGUCUUCAGCUCUGAGGGUGUUGUUUUCUUUGCUCCCCAUGAAUGAGUGAGAAGUCAGUGAUGAAGCCUUAAAUGAUGUGUGAGCGUUUUCUUGUUUUCUUGGAGGUUUUUUGGGCUAAGUGGGGGGUUGUCUCUUGAAAGGAACAAACACUGUUAAAAGCACUUUGUAUAUAGAAAAUAAUGAUAUCCAGAGAUGUGUAUAUUUGAGUUUAAUAUAUGAGGUACUGGUUGACAUAAUGAGCUGGGAUUAUCGUUGCUUCAAUCACCUCCUGUCUAAGAAUACAUUGGGAUACAAUAGAAGAUGAUGUAAAAUAACAAAUGGCAGUUGAUUUGCACCAGUGACUUUUUGGUGUGUUUUCAAUAUGACAAACAUUGGUUAUUAUUUAAAUACUGGAUGUCUGCUUUCAAUUACAUCAGCAUUGUUCACAGUAUCUUAACUUUUAUUUCAAUAUUCAGCAUCAAACAACAAACAGCCGAAUAUUUUCUCUUAACUAAUUCUAACACUAACUUCCAGCAUUGCUCUUAGUCUAUACAAAUAUAAAUUACUGAGAGAAAAAUGAAGAAAUACAGCAGUUAUUCUGCAUGUGUUUCAUUACCUCUAUCCAGUACUGACAUCUGGUUAAAGGCAUUGUGCUAAUGUAUUCCUAGCUAUCUGCCAUAAAUGAAAAUUGAAUUGGAAAUUCCUCCAUAGUAACAACAGUAGUCCAAGAUAAUUACAUGCACUGCUGUUCCUCAAAAAAAUUACAUUUUUUCAUUUUUUGCUCUAAAAGGACAAAUGAGAGAGCACAUUAUAUAAUAAGACUAAUAAUUUAGUUUCUCCAUUUAUCAGAUUGUGCAGUAUCUGAGAUGCCAAACACACGGGAGUCAGUGGUUCAUUUACCCAAACAUCCACUAUCAGAACCCACACUGGUGUCCGACAUCUGGACUGAUGGCGGUGAAACGUGGAUGGUUUACCUGCUACAGGGAGCCGAGACAGAUUGUGAUUGUGAAUAAUACUGGUACAUAUCUGAAAUGUUGCGCGAGCUCAGAGAGGAGAACUUUCAAGACGGCGGUAUUCCCAACAAACCUCGGGAAUUCCCUUGUAAAAUAUGCAAUGUGUCAAGUGUGUAUAUAUAUAAUAUAUAUAACUGUAUAUGAGAGCUUCAUUUUUCACCUAAAACUAGAAGAAUUCUCAACAUGUCUGAAGAUGAAUAUUGACUGGUGUGUGUAUGUAUGACGUAUGUAGGGCUUGUGUUUGUAAGCUGCAUUGCUCUUCUUAUUUUCUGAGUAUGUCCCUUAUUAGUUAGUUCCUAAGUCAGACCACAUAGUACUGCUGCGUUUAGUCCUCUUCAAACCAGCUGGGCCUAUUUUCAUUAUACACUCUGUCUGUUUCUAGAUAUAUAUUCACCCACUGUCCUGUUCAACUUACAUGUCCGACUUGAAGUGUUUCUGACUAAUGAUCCAUCAGUCGACAAAUCGGUGUACGUAUGCAGAUUGUAUGCACAGAUACAGGAAGAGGGAGCACAGGGUACAUUCCAUUGGCUUAAAAAUAUUCCCUUUAAUUCUUUAGUGGAAGGGAUCCAGUGGUUUGAUACUCACAAAUCGCUUCGUACACCAAAGUAGAGGGUCUGUAUAUCUGAGUAUGCUUCAGUGUUUUGUUUUUGUUUUUUUUAAAUUUAACUGCUGAUUCAUUUAUUAACUGUAAGGGAUCAUUUUCCUCUUUGCACAACUUAACAAGCUCCCUGUACAACUAUGUUGCAAAAAUGUCUGUGUUUGUGUGUAGUUCAAAGCUUUAGUGCACACAUACAGUAAGUGUAUGCAUGCCUGUGUGAGUCACGGAUUGACUGUACUUCUGUGUGAAUAGUGAGUGAAACUGAUCGAAAACGCUCCAGUUGUUUAACAUGUGACCAAAGUAGCCAUUGUUUAAUCUCACUAUUUUCUUUCUGUAUAUUAUUUUCAAGAAAUGCUUGAAUAUUUUUUCUUAAUGCCAAGAAGCUGAUGUUUAUUUUUGUAUUUCAUUGUUUCAUGCAAAUUUAUAUUUCCCUCUCCGCGACAGAGUUUAAAGUGACUGAGAUUCUACAGAAUGCCGUCACUCAUUAUGGUACUAUUGAAGGUACUAACUAUAACUGUAUUUAAUGUUGAAAGCAUGCCCUAAAUAUAAGUCAACAUAAAAACAUAGAGUCCAUACAAAAUGUGAUUUAUUUGUACAAAAAUGGAGCAUAUCUAAUAUUUUUAGGUUUUUAUUCCAGCAUGCAGAUUACUGCUAAAAUUUAGUUUUUUGUUGAAUAAUUCUAAGAAGAUUUAUUAUUUAGGAAAUGAACUAACAAUGAGCACUUUUGCAGUUUGUCGGACAGAAUUAUACUCCCUUGAACUUUGAGAGUGGAAGACGAUCGUUAUUUUAUUUUAAAUGCUGCUAUCGUUAGUUUUCAGCAGACAAGCUGUUUUUUAUUAACUUUAAGCCAAGUAGCAAUAAAACUUUCUACUGUGAA